AUGGAUUGUAUGGAACUUAGGCACAUUGUUGCCUGCUACGAAUCACUGAGGAACUUACCUCCAUUUUAUGUUGAUGACCAGGAAUCUGAAUGGCUGAGGGAGACACUGCACAAGUGGCUAGACGACGAGUACUGCCCGGAGCCGGCCAACGUGGACAUCAGCAGCACCGCCGCGCGGUCGCACCGCGAGUCCCUGAUAGCGGGGCAGUCCGACCUGGGAGAGAUCUUGCUGAAGAUGGUGGUCGACCUGGACAAGCUGUCGUACAGGGAGAGCUUCCAUGGCCCCUUCUCGGCCGCCAACGCCGCGUUUCUACCUGACAGGACUGAUCCAAUGCGAUUGUUCAUGGGUGUCGUCGACAGGAAAUGGUGA